AUCCAAAAAAAGUGGGUACUGAAUUCAAUACCAGCACCACUUUUCUUUUUGUUUUGUCAAUUGGUCAUAGCAGUGAUCUUAUUGAAACUGUUUGCUUGGUUUGGGAUCUUUACUUUACCUACUUUACAUUUAUCGAUUUUGAAAUCUUUGGUACCAUUGAUUUCUAUCAAUGUCUUAGGUCUUACUUUUAAUACUUAUUGUUUACAGUUUGUUGAUGCAUCAUUUUAUCAGGUGGCAAGAGGAUUGAUCUUACCUUUUACGGUUUUAGCUUCAUAUUUAUUUUUAGGUACAAGAUCAUCACCCAAGAUUCAUUUAUCAAUCUUUAUAGUCACUCUAGGCUUCAUCAUCGGAGUCUCAUCCGAAAGAUUAACCGUUUCUCAUCUCGGUGUAGCCUUAGGUAUCUUUUCAUCCCUGACGACUUCAAUGCAUGCGAUCAUCAUGAAACGAGCGUUGUCGAAAGUAUCAGGUACAAUCGAUCUCACUUAUCUUACAAACCUUUAUUCGGCUCUCUUGAUCUUUCCUUUUAUUGUGAUCAUGGGUGAACUUCAAAUCGUCUUGAGUUUACUCAUCGGCGCUCAUGAUGCUAGUAAAACCUUUUGGUUAGGCACUUUGGUCACCGGUUUGUUUGGGUUUUUGAUUGGGGUGGCUGGGGUGCUUUCGAUUAAAGUCACUUCUCCUGUGACUCAUAUGAUUAGUUCAGCUGUUAGAGGUGUAUUCCAAACUGUUCUAAGUGCUUCUGUGUUUGGUGACGUGAUCACCCCAGGUAGAUUAGGAGGCAUCUCGAUGAUCUUAAUAGGUUCGAUUUAUUAUACAUGGGUUAAAGAUCAAGAAUUGAAUUCUCCCUCUUCUACUUCUGAUCUUAAAGUGAAUGAAAGGAUUCAUAUGAAAGAUUUUAAUGAGAUUCAACCGCUGGUGAAUGAGAAUGAUGAAGAAUUGAAUGAGAUGGAUGAAGAUGAUCGAGAAUUACUUGAAGCUGCUAAACAACUUGGGAUUGAUAAAUGA